UUUUACAGUUAAUUGCACAUCUAAUCAAAAGUAAAUGGCCAAAAUGCCCAACUAAUGUUCCAAAUGAAAACAUUUGUAUGUAACUUGGAAUAAAGGCCAACUUCGUUGAUGUAUUGGAACUUUCUCGCAAAAUCUGCCACUUCAUGAAGGACUCAGCGAUGACUUCCGCGAUUCUUCGUUUGAUCCACGAGAUGCCCCAUUUGAUUUGUGAUGUGUCUUUAUUGGUUUAUCUUUUUGUUUUUAAGGUUUUAUUUGUUUUUGUUGAAAUAUUCGGUAUAUUCCAUGAUCGGGUUCGUACCCAUGCCCCCUUUGAAUCCAUGAACAUUCCGAACACUUGGUGUUUUUUGGAAAUUAUCAAGAGUUGUUUUCGUGUAGGAGAGUUGUUUUUGUGCAAGAAUGCUUUAUUUUUUGUAAUAUUCGAUUAA